CUUCCUUAGCAACCAUCUCGCCUCUUAAAGGGGCCCUGGAGUAGUGGCUGCCACCAGCCAUGGCUCCAAAAAAGAAGGCAGGCAAGGAGGCCAAGGAUCCAGAGGUCAAGAAGAAGAAAGGUGGCAAGAAGGAUCCCAGCCUGGCCAACAAGCCCAUGGAAAUGCCUAUAAGUGAGGAGAUCCGGGAGUUCUACCACAUCCAGAUCCGCGACCUGGAAGACAGGCUGGCACGGUACCAGCGGAAGUGGGAUGAGCUGGCUGUGCAGGAGAAGCUGUUUCGCCAGGAGUUUGAGCAGCUGGCCAACAACAAGAAGGAGAUCGUGGCCUUCCUCAAGCGCACGCUCAACCAGCGGGUGGAUGAGAUCACUGACCUCAACGAGCAGCUCCAAAGCCUGCAGCUGGCCAAGGAGAUGGAGAAGGAUGCCUUUGAGGCACAGCUAGCCCAGGUGCGCCACGAGUUCCAGGAGACCAAGGACCAGCUCACCACCGAGAAUAUCAUCCUUGGGGGGAAGCUGGCAGCCCUGGAGGAGUUCCGGCUGCAGAAAGAGGAGCUCAUGGAGAAGAUCAUGUUGCUAGAGGACCAGCUGCAGAAGCAGGAGAACGAACACCGGGACCAUGUGCACAACCUGGAGAAGAAGUCUGUGCUGGACAAGGACAGACUGAAGAAAGAGAUCAUCCAGCGCGUGAACAUGGUGGCCACAGAGUUCCACGAGGUGGCCACGAGCCAGAUGUGGGACACGACCAAGCGGGCCAUCAUGGAGAACAACACCGUGACCCUGCAGCUGGCCAAGAUAUCCCAGCAAGGCAUGCAGCUGCUGCAGGAGAACGAGCAGCUCCGGGGCAACCAGGACAGCCUGUGCAAACAGCUGGAGCUGCUGGAGAACUCCCAGAAGGUCAUGGCCAAGCACAGCAGAGGCCACCAGAAGAUCAUCCUCAUGCUGACGGAGAAGUGCCGCGAGCAGCAGCAGGGCAUGGCCGAGGCCGGGCGGCUGCGCCUCCUGCUGAGCCAGCUGGAGCAGGACCUCCUGCAGCUGCAGAAGGAUCACCAGGCACUGAGAAGCCAGAGAGACCAGCUGAAGCUGCAGCUGGAGCAGCAGCAGGCCGAGGAGCAGCGGCUACAGCAGGAGCUGACCGAAGAGCAGAAGGUUCGCGCGAGCCUGGAGACGGCCCUGGCCAAGGCCACCUCCUUCCUACGGGACACUGUGCAGAUGCAGCCCAAUGAGGAGGACGGUGACUUCGAUGUAGUGUUCCAGCUGCAGCUCAAGGAGAUGCUACAGCACCUGCUGCUCAUGCUCAGCUCAGCCAUGGUCCUGAGACCCCAGACAGCUGAGUCCCCCCGCCGAGAGAGCCAGUCCUGUGGCCCACCCAGGGAGCGCCGGGGCAGCACCCCGCCGCUCAAGUCGGGGCCUCUGCUGCAGCAGCUGUCCAGCGUCCCACCCUACCAGCUGGGGGACCUGGGCCUGGUGCCUCGACGGAUCCGCAUCCCACCCAACCCCGAGGACCUCAGGCUGCUCUCACAUACCACCCGUGUGGGUAACUUACGGGCACACAGCAGCCCUGAGGUGAGGGUGCCAGGGGCCCCGGGGACAGAUCAUGGUUCUGCCACACUGCAGCUGUGUGGCCUUGGGGAUGUGGCUGGACCUCUCUAA